AUGAAGUCUGUACUCUUCCUGGCCAUGUUUUGCUUGGGAGUGUCCUCAGCUGCUCCAACACUUGAUCCCAGAUUGGAUGCUGAAUGGCAAAUAUGGAAGAUGAAAUAUGAAAAAUCAUACAGCCUGGAGGAAGAAGCAAUGAGGAAAGAAGUGUGGGGGAAAAACAUGGAACUUAUUAAAAAUCACAAUGGGGAGAAUGGCCUGGGUAAGAAUGGCUACACCAUGGAAAUAAACGAGUUUGGUGACAUGACUGAUGACGAAUUCAAGAGCACAAUGAUUGGUUCCCCAAUGAGAACUCACCACAGGGGGAAAGGCAUCUGGAAACGUGAUGUUGGUAACGUUGUUUUCCCCAAAUCUGUGAACUGGACAGAGAAAGGCUAUGUGACUCCUGUGAGGAAACAGGGAAACUGCAAUUCUUGUUGGGCAUUUUCAGUGACCGGUGCCAUAGAAGCACAGAUAAUCCGGAAAUUAGGCAAACUCACCCCUCUGAGUGUGCAGAACCUAGUGGACUGUUCUAAAUCUCAAGGAAAUAAUGGCUGUCUUUCGGGUGAUACAUACAAUGCCUUCCAGUAUGUUUUGCACAAUGGAGGUCUAGAGGCGGAAGCAACCUACCCAUAUGAAGGAAGAGAAGGACCAUGCAGGUCUAAUCCACAGAAUUCUAUUGCUGAAAUCACAGGAUUUGUGUCCCUCCCAGAAAGCGAGGAUAUCCUAAUGGGUGCUGUAGCAAGUAUUGGGCCCAUUUCUGCUGGCAUUGAUGCUUCCCACAGUUCAUUCAGGUUCUAUAAUAAAGGUAUUUAUCAUGAGCCAAAUUGCAGCAGUGAUUAUGUGACUCAUGGAAUUCUGGUGGUUGGCUAUGGCUUUGAGGGAAAUGAAACGGAUGGUAAUAACUACUGGCUGAUAAAGAACAGCUGGGGUAAAAAAUGGGGCCUGGGUGGCUACAUGAAAAUUGCCAAAGACAAGAACAACCACUGUGGAAUUGCUUCAUUUGCCCGCUACCCCACUGUGUGA